AUGGCGUGGGAAUUUAGCUUGAUCAAGUCGACGAAAAAUGUCGCAUUUGAGCAACGCUGCGAAAGAGUCCAGAAAUGCUCUCCUUCUUCGAUUCAGACUGGAUCGCAGCUUACCUACUUGCCGAAAAGUAUUCAAGAGGUGAUUCAAGAUGCUAUGGAAGUAACGAUGCAGUGGUACGUCGUCGACUGCCCGAAAAGCAAAAGAGAAGCGCUUGAUGACCGCUGGGAGAAACUAAUCGGCAUUCUUGUCAGCUCAAACAACGAAAUCGGGCAAAAAAUAUCCGGCCUGUGCGUAAAGGUCUCAGAAGGAUUCGACCGCCUGGCGAUUUUGAUGGACAAAGUCAGCAAAGAACAACGAGCAGAGAGGUUCAACGAGUUGAGCAAAAUGCUCGAUCUUUCGAAGGAGGAAAAUUUCACGAUGAAGACUUUUGCGAAUUUCAUGAAAAUUCACGGCUGGGAAAUUGUUGACAACGCGACCCAAAAAGCGCAAGUGAAGAAAGACCCGAAACAAUGGAGAAUUCUAGCGCUGGAAAGAAAUGAAUCCUGGAGUCAAAAACUCAAGUCGUAUAAAAAUUCUGACAUCAAGGAACACAUCGUUUCCGCGGAUUUAUCACUUGGGGUUUUUCUGAUAAAUGGAGAUGGAGAGCCGAAUGAUUCUUCCUGGUUCAAGAAAAUCGCCAUUCUAGAGGCUGAAAACGACAGUGAAAAGAUUCAUCAAAUUUUGAAAAUUUUCGUCGACAAAAUUUCUCCAAACGAUUUCCACUCGAUCACCGCAAUGAGGGUGCAGACUUUGGAUGCCAAAACAUUCAUCGGACUUUACAUCACAAAACAGCUCGUCGAAACUGACAUUGAAGAAAGUCUCGAUCGAAUUCUCCGCCCUUUCAAACGAAUCCUCUCUCCAAUCAUCUUCGCCGAGAAAUUUCCUAAAUUUCAGGCAAUACGAAAAAUCGCUGAACUCCCGUCUUCGCUGAACAACAGUCCCAAGAUGCCGGAAAAGUACAAAAAGCUCCACAGCGCGCUGUCGGAGGCAAACAUGUCGCAAAGCUUGCCUAAUUCAAAGAGCUCGAAAAUUCAGGAUCAGCUUCAGAGAAUAAGGGACAGAAGCGCGACUCCACCGAUUUCGAGGGUUGAACAACCGCAAGUGGAGAUAACAGGCCCUUCCCCAACUACCAUCCGAAGGCACAAAUCAAGUCAAGACCACGAGCGACAAAAAUCCCUCCGCGCAUCUGGUGUCGAUUUUUCAUCAAGAGAAGAAACCGAAGUCUUUGUCGCUCAACUUCUCUCCCAAAACGAAAGCCUCAAGAAACAGCUCUCCGAAGAAGCUGCUCAAAUGCCGAAAACGCCCUUGAAACAGAGUCAAUCGCUACCUCAGUCUUCUAUGUCUCCGAGGGAGCAAAGAAAUUUGGAACAUAAGAUCAGCGAAUUGAAAAACUCGCUGGUGAGGGCGGAAAAAGAUCAUCAAGAAUCCGUCAGAAAACUGAAUCAGCAAAUAAAGGAGAAAGAAGAAAUGAUGAAAAAGAAAGCAGAAGAAAUCAAGGGACUCAGGUCACAUGCUGGCGAAACAAAUCUUCUCCGACUAGAAGAAAAAAGAGCCCUUGAAGCAGAAAAUGUUCGCCUCAACGAUGACAAUUUGUACUUCAUCGACAUCAUCGAAAAACGAGAAAAGACGAUCGAAGAGCUCAAAGAAGCGAAGAACAAAGUGGACGAGGAAUUGAAAAAAACGAACAUGAGCAAAACAAUUCUCGAAUCUGAAAUUCAGGAUGCAAAAAAACAGCAUGAAGAAAAAAUAGUGACGCUCAAAGACGUUCUCGGAAAAUUCUUCGAUCACAAUUUGAAGGAAGUCCAAAGCGUAGAGCGAAAGAAGAUUCUCCUUCACUUAGCUUUGGAUAAAAAGCUUGUGAGCACGGAGGAAACUCUUCCUGGGCUUGAAGAACAAGAAGAACUCAAACUUGAAAUCGAAAAACUGAAGGUCCAGGUCAUUGAAGCACAGGCAAAUAGCGAAGCCAUGUCGAGUUGCAACAUCUGCCAAAACUAUUUCGACAACGAAAAUCACAAAAUGUCGUGUUUGACUCCCUGCGGCCACUGCAUGUGCUAUUCCUGCGCGCUGCAAAUGAUGCCCUACGGAUUCGUCGGAACCUGCCCGCACUGCAGGAAGGAGUUCAGAAAACAAGAGAUCCGACCUCUUUUCUUUGCAUAA